GCCUAUGAUGCUCUGCGCCGGCGAGAUUUCGCGAUUUCAACCUGCCUCGAGACCCGUGAAUGUCCCAAUGCCCAGUUCCUGGUCUUUGCUGCUGUGAAUGUGCAGCUCCAGAUUGCCAGCACCCUUUCGCAGGGCUGGCUUGCAACCAAGUGGGUCUUGGCCGGCGAACAACCUGGCAUACCUUUGGUUGCCUGCUUUUGUGUUGUGGCGGCCAACACGGAGUUGCUUGUCUCUGCAGGCUUGGCGGCCCAUCUGCGAGCACUUCUGGUCAAGGUGGCCAUCCAGCAGCGGGUCAAGAUCCGCUUCUCCUGCCUGUCGAAUGUGCUAGGAUCCCAGGUGGGUAAGGUUUGUGUAUGCGGAAGUGCAAUUUCCACAGUGGUGCUUUGCGCCCACUUGUACGAGAAGCCUUUGAAGCUUCUGGCCUGGUUAGGCUCAAGCGCUGGCCUCCUUAUUUGGGCGAACUCGAACUUCAAGAGCAUUGGCCUCAUGGCCGGUGAGGUCUGGGAUGAGCUGAAGCCCACGCAAUCCGCAGCGGAAGAGUUGACGGUGGCAGAGUUUCUAAGCCGCCUGGGCUUGACUUCGCCGGAGGAGGGCACAUCUUGGUUGGCUGGCUUUCGAUGGCCGUUGAGCAAGGAAGACGAGCUUCUGCUGGAUCAAAGGACCAAUCUGAUGACGCACGCUUUCCCUGCUCGCAAGUACCUUCGCUUUGGGCAUGGCUUCAUGAUCAUCUACUUCAGCUUGCUGAAUGCUGCCGUGCCCUGCGCCAUGGCCAGCUACUGCUUGCUCCAAUCUCCUCGGCUCCAAGAUGUCGAAGUCAUCGGCGGGUCGCUGGCCACGGAUUUCAAUCCUUCCGAACGCCACUACUACGUCACGCUGCUGGAUGAGCGGUCACAGCAGCUGACUCUGAACUUUGAAGUGGAUUUGGGCCAGGCUUCACAGUACUUCUUCUGCAAGCGGCAGGAUCCAUGCGCCCCUCUGCAGCCACAGCCGCGCUCGGACAAGGUACGCCUGACGGCCACGAUCGCGGCAUCUUCCUUUGGCACCUGCAGCAUCAAGUUGCUGGGAGUGCGAUCGAGCGCCUACUCCUUCACAGUGCUGGCACUCAGCUUCGUAAAGCCGGAGUUGCAGCCACCACAGGCAGAGCAAUUUCUGCAGCACCAGAGCCCACACCCGCUCUACCGCGUCGGCGUCCUGCGUUCGGAGAAGUUAAAAGAGCUUUCUGUACGGGUGGCGUUUGGCCUGGACCACUCUCACAUGAAGCUGGAGUACUCAGCGACUUCGUGCAAUGCAGUGCAGAUUUGCAAAGACGACACGGAGUCCGUGCACCUGCAGCCGCAAGAUGUACUAGUUGCUGAGACGGACGUGGCUGACUAUUCCAACUUGACCCUGCAGCUAAAGCUGCUGCCCAAAGAUCCCAGGAGUUCCCAAGAUCUCAGCAGCAUCUACACUGUGAGCGUGUCUGUAGUGACCCUCCGAGAGCGGCUGGGACAACUUGUCCUGGAGACGUCACUUCUGGAAGCUGAGCUGGACAGCCUGCAGGAGUUGGAGCCCGGUCGGGCAGAGGAAGUGCGACAGAAGCUUCAGAGAGCUUUGAAGAAGCGCGAUGAGCUGCUGUGGCAGGCUUACCACGAGCAACAGGACACAACCAACGACGUGGUGCAGGAGCGCUUGACCUUCCUGGCUGUGGGGCUUACAGGUACCGGCAAGUCAGAGCUUUGCCGGUGGAUGACCGGCGACCUCGCGAAAUGCACGCCCAGCAGAGGCACUGAGUCCAACACCACUGAGGUGAUACGGGUGAGUGGGCGGGCUUUCGGUGACGGCAAGAUACUUCCUGAGGUCGAGUGGAUUGACACUCCGGGCCGGGGCGACACGCGAGGUCAGGGCACAGAUGAUGAUCUGUGGAAGCGGACGAUGCAUGACGUCCUGGAGGCUGGACAUGGCCAUGUCGACACCAUUGUCUGGGUCAUGAAUGCAGCGUGGCAGCGUGGCACAGCUGACAGGGAGUUCAUGUUGACAGAGCUUCGACGUUCCUUUGGCAUUCACCUCUAUCCCCACCUGAGCAUCGUCUUGAACUUCCUGCAGCACUCUGCCAACCAGACUGAGUACACAGAAUUGCUUUCUUCUCAGAAGAAGAAGUUUGCGGAUUGGAUCAUGUCGGUGGAGGAAAAGAUAUUCAACUGGAAUGGAUCCCAGCGGCUUGGUGUGGCAAGGCAAGUCCACAAUCUUUCCAUGUACGGUGUCAGCAUUGAUCCCGUGUACUAUGUUCAAAAGCCGCACAAUCUGCCACUGUCCGCGCCUUACUUGGAUAUGUUUCCGCCUUUCUCCCAUCCAGCUGGUGUUGACAGCCUGUUCAGCCUCUUCAACGCUACGCGCACAAACAAGCUGCGAAACUUAACGUCAGCCUUGCCUUUGCACAACCCCCAUCCGCAGAUCGGGCCAGGGACGCUGCGGUCCAUCCAAGCUUCUUGCAACCUCUGCGGUUUCUCUCAGAAGGAUGGAAAGCUAGUUCCUGGAAUAGUUGGGGUUCGUGCCAGCAUCCGGGGGGAGGAGCUCUCCAAGGAGGACCGAGCCGUGGUCAUACUCAGCUCAUCAAAGUGCGGUGACCCUGAUCGAAAAGACUGGCCAACAAGUUGGCAAGAGCGCGCGCAGAACCCGAACAAAUUGUCAGCAGGUUUCGACUUGGCCCACUUUGACCUGCCAGUGGCCCCGGACACAGCUGGCAGCAGUCAUCGACUGUGCUUCUGCGAGGCCCCAUCUUGUAAUGCGUCGUGGCGCUUCGGCCAAGAUGGGGGUCUUGUUUCUACGACUGACCUGACGUCCUGUCCAUCUCCUUUCUACCGUAUCUAUCCUUCUGCGUUUGGUUGGCGGGUGAACCGGACCCGAUUUGUACAAGUUGGAAGUCAGUUGCUGGGAUGGACAAGUAAUGGAGCGGUUGACCACAGCGACACGUUUCCUGUACUCGAUUUGAAAAGUGAACGCAUGUGGGGCAUCAAAGUGGGCUGGCUCGGACCAUCCCCCAUCAGCGGCAUCUCAGCAGCUGUAGUUGGGCACAAGGCUUUCCUGCUGGCAACGGCUGGGCCACUGCUGAUGCUU